CAAAUGUUGACUGGUUAGGGUUAGUAAUGGAAUAUAAUUUUUAUAAAGCUUUAAGACUGUAGAAAUCUGUAUGUAUAUAUAUAUAUAUAUCUAUAUAUCAAUUAUUCAUCUUCAUAAGUGUAAAGAAAUUUAAUGACAUUCAUUUAAAUAAAACAAUUUGAUCAUAUUGAUGAAAGUGUAUUGUUUGUUUUUCAUUGGAAAAAGCAAAGAUAUAUGAUUCAAGAAUAAAGUUUUCAUCAGUAAAUGAAAAAGAAUUAUUGAUUGAAUAAUAAACAGAAUAUGUUUCUACCACGUUCAGAAGGUCUUACACUGAAUGAAUUUUUAUCUUUACAUCCUUCUGAUAUUAGUACCAUACCAUUACAAUCAACAAUUUAUAAUAAUCAUAACACUUCAAUUGAACAAAAGUUUAAUAAUCAACAUUCAAGGAAUUUUUCUACAUUCAUGAACCAUUCAACAAUAAAACAACCAAUGAAUAAAGAAGAAAUUCUAAAUCCAUCAAUUCUAACACGAACGAAAUCAAAUUUCUCAAAUAAACAACAAUUAAAACGAUCCAAUACAAUUAGUGUAACUAAAAAUAUAAAUGAGAAAUUGAAUAGUAAUAUAUCAAUUGAUGAAUUAAUACAAUCAACUAGACAACAAAAGAAACAUUUACCUAUACAAUAUAAUCCAUUAAAUGAUACGGUUAUGAAUAAUAAUGGUUUAAUUCAAAAAUUACAUCAACAACGAUUAUUUCAACGAGCUCAAAGUGAACAUCCUAUCCGCGAUAAUGGUGAUAAUAAUAAUAAUAAUGUUCCAAACAGUCACAGUGUAAGUUUACCACCUCAUACAUGGAAUAAUAAUAAUAAUAAUACUUCGUCUACAUUUCGUUCAAUAUUUUCACAACGUGGAUAUAAUUUUGGGCGACCAUUUUGGCAACAAAAUUUUACAUCUGAUCAAAAUGAAUUAAAACCAUCAUUAGUAACGUCAUCAACGUCAGCGACCAUAUCUUCAACAGGAACACCAACACAUUUUAAUAAACCAUCUUCUGACCAAUACACUUCUAAAAUGAUAUGGAGUGAAAAAUUUGUGGAGGAAUUUUUAAAGAAAUCUCUAUUAACGACUUCAGCAAACAAUGUGGUGCAUAAUCAAAAUGAACCAGUCUGUUUAUCCAGCAGUUUUUCAGGUACAACUUUGGUUCAAUGGUUUUGCCGACAUAUCAUUAAAUCUGGAUGUCCUUGGAGUCAUGGCUUAAUUUCAGUUGUAUGUCAACUUUGCAACUGUCUUUUACAAUUGGGUGUUCUUAGACGUGAUCUGAAGUCAAAAACGGUCAACUCCAUAUCGACAGAUAAUAAAUCAUCUCGCAUACAGAACAUUAGUUCAUAUAGAAAUUCCUCGAACGCUACCGCAGAGAUAUUUGAGCUUAAUAUGGAUUAUGUAUGGAGUGGUAAUAAUGUACAAGAAAAUACAACUGUUAUCAAUAGUUCAAUGAAUGCAAAUGAUAAUCAGCAACAAUCAGUACAAGAACAACAACAAAUUGAUGAAUAUAAACAAUUUCAAAUGACUAUUUAUAAUCAUAUAAUAAAUCUUCAUAAAGAAUUUCAAUAUGAAUUAGAUCGAGUAACAAGAGAACAUGAAUUACAAUUAUUCAAGGUAAAAAAUCAAGGUGUUAUGAAAGUAUGUCAAUUAACUGAUAGAAUUGAAGCAUUAGAAAAUCAAGUUGAAAAAUAUCGUAUACUUGCCGGUAUAGAACAAUUAAAUAAAUCAACUACAAUAAAUAGUAACCAUUCAUUACAUAAUUGUUAUUCUUCAUCAUUAUUUACUAAUAAAAAUCGAUUAUCUAAAGUGACAUUUAAUUUAUCUAAUGAAAAUGUAUUAAAUCAAUUAUCUAGAAGAACAAGAGCAUUCAGUGAAACAAUUGAUAUGAAUCAUUUCAAUGAUAAGAAUACUUAUAAUAAACCGGAUUAUAUCAAAUCAAGUAUAAGACAUAUUUUAAAUGAUAUAGAACAGUUAUUAUCACCAGCAUCUCAACAACAACAACAACAACAACAACAUCAUCGUCAUCAAUUGGAUCAACAACAGGAACAACAACAUCAUCGUCAUCAAUUGGAUCAACAACAGGAACAACAACAACAUCAUCGUCAUCAAUUGGAUCAACAACAGGAACAACAACAACAUCAUCGUCAUCAAUUGGAUCAACAACAGGAACAACAACAACAUCAUCGUCAUCAAUUGGAUCAACAACAGGAACAACAACAACAACAACAACAACAACAACAACGACUUCAACAUUCCAGAUCGAAUUCAAUGAAUCUGUACAAAUCUCAUGAAUUAUCACUUUUAAAAAAUUCUAAACAAAAAUGUGAAUCUUUUAAUAAUCAAGAAAAAGAAAAUUCUUUUAAUAAUAAAAAUUGUACAGAUUUAAAUUUUCAUUCAUUUGAUAAUGGUAAUGAUAGGAUUAUAGAAGAUAAUGCAAAUAAGAUGAAUAAUUUAUCGAAAUUCAACGAUUAUAAUAUACAUCAACAUGAGAAUUCAAUGAAUACAACAUUAACAAACAAUAAAAAUGACAGUGAAAUUCAUCAAAAAAUAAAUUUAAGAAAUUCCACACCCAGAUUCCUAUCCGUACCACCACAUUCGAAAUUUAAUCUAGAUCAAACUACUUCUAUGUUAUAUAAUCAACCGGUUCUUGGAAUUUUAGCCAAAUAUGGUGCAAACAAUAAACACAAUACUCUUAAAAUAUCUAUGAAGGAAGAUCACUGUUGAACAACAACGACAACAACAACAGGGAUAAUUAAAUGCGUGAAAGAUGUCAAACGAAUUGAUAAAAACAGGGAAAUAACAUAACUAAAGAAAUUGAUUUUUUUCACUCUAUAUUGGAUUGAUACACUUAUUGGUACUUCAAUAUUUACAUAUUAACACUUCAAUUAUCUGAUAAACGUUCGAAUUGAUGUCGUAUCGAUUACAUUAGAACACUUACUUACUUACUUACUUACGCCUGUUA